UUGUUUUCGUUUGUGUAAUUGAAGCUAUUUCUUAAAAUAAAAUACGAAAAACUAUAGAACGGACACUAAAUACUACGUAUUUAACUUUAUUCUAAGUUAUAGUAAAAUAUAAAAUGACUGAAGUUCAACUACAGGAGUUCAAAUUAGAGCCCGAUUCUGAGCUUCGUUUCGAAGUCGAAUCCAAGAACGAGAAAGUUGUUUUGGAGAUAAAAAGCGGUUACGCCGAGCUGUUUGGCACAGAGCUAGUCAAAGGAAAGCCAUAUGAGUUCCAUACGGGUGCCAAAGUUGCCGUGUUCACGUGGCACGGCUGCACGGUGGAGCUGCGAGGCAGGACCGAAGUCAGCUACGUAGCUAAAGAGACUCCCAUGGUGGUCUACCUAAACGUCCAUGCAGCAUUAGAGCAGCAGCGAGUAGCAGCAGAACAGGAGAACACCCGAGGCCCCGUCACCAUGAUUGUGGGGCCCGGAGACGUCGGGAAAUCCACACUCACUAGGAUACUGCUUAACUACGCUGUGAGGAUGGGCCGGAGACCGAUAUAUGUAGACUUGGAUGUAGGACAGGGGCAGAUUAGUGUUCCGGGGACUAUUGGAGCCUUAUUAGUGGAGCGACCAGCAUCAAUAGAAGAAGGUUUCAGUCAGCAGGCACCUCUAGUAUACCACUUUGGCCACAAAUCACCUUCGGAAAACUUGGAGCUGUACAACACCAUUGUAUCGAGGCUCGCUGAGGUCAUUGCUGAGAGAUGUGAGAAUAAUAAAAAAGCAUCAACGUCAGGCGUGAUCAUCAAUACGUGUGGCUGGAUCAAGGGCGCCGGCUACAAGAUGCUAACGCAUGCCGCUCAGGCGUUCGAGGUGGAUGUCAUAUUAGUAUUGGACAACGAGAGAUUGUACAACGAGCUCAAGAGAGACAUGCCAAAGUUUGUCAAAGUCGUGUACUUACCAAAGAGUGGUGGGGUGGUGGAACGAUCGAGCCAGGCUCGCGUCGAGGUCCGCGACUGUCGCAUCCGAGAGUACUUCUACGGCAAACGCACGCCGUACUACCCUCACUCGUUCGACGUCAAGUUCCAGGAUCUCAAGAUAUACAAGGUGGGCGCCCCAUCGUUACCAGACUCCUGCAUGCCGCUCGGCAUGCGCGCCGAAGACGCCCUCACCAAACUGGUCGCAGUGACCGUGACGCCCGCGCUGGCGCACCGCCUGCUGGCCGUGACGUUCGCCGCCGGCCCCGACGACGACGCGCCCUGCUCUAACCUAGCCGGGAUCGUGUGUGUGACCGCGGUGGAUAUGGACCGGCAGAUGCUGACCAUCCUCUCUCCGCAGCCGCGGCCUCUCCCAAACACUGUCCUCCUGCUCUCAGAACUGCAGUACAUGGACAACCAUUAACGCCACAACUGAACCAGGCUAAUAUUACUCUGAACGCUUAGCCAACAUGCCAAUAGAUUCACACAGACCGACCGAUUUGCUCGGCAAAAUGGCGGCCGUCUAACCAUGUUGGCUUAGCAGUCCGACCGGUAUUCGCCAGACUUCCCCUAGUAUUAAGACGUAAGGUGCAUUGAGAUAACUAUUUAUAGCAGAAUAGUUUUUUAGAACCGGGGUGAAUAAAGAUAAAAUCUGUAACGUUUGUCUGAAAAUUUCUGAAAAACUACCCACAUAAUUUGAAUAAUGCAAACUUUAAUAUUAUUUAUAAUCGCAAUGUGGCAAUUUGUGUAUAGAUGUGGUACAAUGUUUUUGGAAACUUACAAAUUUUUCAUGCUAUUUCAGUCAGUUUCAGUACUCUUUAGUGCAAGAAAUACUGAUGUUGACUGAACUAGCAACAUACGAAUGUUUCGGAGAAAAUGCGAUAAAAAAACAUUUCGACCUCAGCAGGCAUCUGCCGCGAUUACAGAGUCGCUGGUUCGAUUCCAGCCUCAGGCACUGGAGGCCUUGGACACUUUCUUUCUUUCAUAUGUGUAAUUUAUUUCGGUUUUAAAAAAACAUCUGUAAAUAGUUAUUAUAUUAUAUAAAUACCAUUGCAAGAUUAUUCCAUAUUCGCCUCUGACAUCUUUGUUCACCUAUAUACAAUAUGAAAUUACCACAAUGCACCUUAUGUGAGAGAAGCGCUCAAAUAGCCUAAAAUAGACAUCCCCUUGUAAUAAAAUUGUCAAAUCGAAUCGGAAACAUUGUGAUGUCCUAGUUCCCAUACUAGCCUAGUUUUAGCUUUGAUAUGAUCUGCGAGGAUCUAAAUCUAAAACCCACAAGACUGUAAAUAAAUUAUAUUUGCUAAGAUGAAAUUAAAUAAAUAGAAAAUUUA